AUGCGGACACAGCCCACCAAGGAGGACAGAUGCACUAGCGACAGCUCUGGACAGAAGCAGGAUCCAAUUGAGCGGAGGAGAUUGCAGAAUCGUUUGUCACAGAGAAAUCAUCGUCGAAAGAUCCGGGACCGCAUCGCAAAGCUUCAGGAACGUGUCAUCGCCAGUGAACUACGAGCAGCUGCAAGCCUCAAUGGUUGGGACCAUCCCAGCUCAAUCAACGGUCCGCCAACAAUGGAUCGAAUUUCGCCUGUCUUUGACCCCAACGGCAGCUCCGCUUCGUCGAUGACCGACGGGUCCUCCGGCUUUGCAUCAGCGUAUAUGUCCCAGUCAAGAUAUUUCUGCUCAUCAUGCAAUUCUGCGUUGGCGCCAUUGCCGUUGUACUCGACGCAAAUGACAAUCACAUCGCCUCUGUACGACAUCACCGAGAUAGAUGCCUCGAACAUGUCCCCACCGGCCCUCCGAAACCAACCCUAUUUCCCGCGAUCUAGCUCUAAUGCUUCUGAAAUCCUGCAAGGAAUGACAGGUGGAUACGCAUCAGCUGAUGCAAAUACACCACCUCUUUGCGAGCCAUGGAAUGGCCAAACUCAGUACUCGGGAUCGUCGCUAUACUACAUCACAACAGAGGCCGCGUUGCCACAGAUCAUGCAAGCUUUGAGCACAGGACCAGCGCGACCAAAGGCAAUCAUCGUGCUCUCGCAGAAUCCGCAGCAUGGCUCAGUGCCGACCAGCCUGCCAACGGCGCAAUCACCACCGACUACAAGCAGCACCGUCGAACUCUCAGGAUCGUCGAGUCCUGUUGAGUUGCAUGAAAUCUUGUGCCAGUGCCAGAACCAGGGGUCGAUGGCUGGAACCCCUGGCAUAAUGGCAGCUAGUGACUGGGUCAAUGCAGGUACUUCAACGUCUGUUUGCCCGCUACAUUCGCUACCGGCCAAUGAAAGCAUGCAGCUGAUGAUGAUGUGA